CGCUGCCGCCGCCGCCGCCGCCGCGCCAUGCACUGACCGCCGGUCACCGCCGACCGCCGCCACUGCACCAUGCAGAACCCUCCCAGGAAGACCACGCACGCGAAGUUCCUGAAGUCACUACACGCUGAGCAGCUGAGCCGGGUGCAGGCCAAGAACCAGCAGGAGUGUGACCUGCUCGAGGACAUCAGGAACUUCACGAAACAGAGGGCCGCCGUCGAGAAGUCGUAUGCUGAGGCGCUACUCAAGAUCUCCUCCGCCUACCUGCAUAAGAAGAUCCCGCAGCUGCCCGAGAUCCCCGGCGAGGGCGCCGCACAAUGGAACGUGUUUACCGUGUGGCGCACGCUGCUGGACGAGACGGAGAAGCUGGCCAAGGCGCGCAUGGCCGCUGUCGAGGUGUUCCAGCAGCGCAUCACCGACGAGGCCAAGACCGUGCGCACCAGCAAAGUGCAGACGUCCAAGAAGUGUCUGGAGCAGCUGCAGGCCAUCCAGAAGGAGCUGCAGGGCUGCGUUCAGGAGCUGGACAACUGUAAGAAGCGCUACCUGGAUGACGAGCACGUGGCGCACGACGUGCGGGACCGCGCCCAGCAGGCCGAGGAGAAGUGA